CCCCCAGGACACAGGGGGCCCUCCUGGCUGCCAGGGCACUGCAGACUCAUGUUCAACUUAUCAGGGCACCCAGAUCUCUUUCCCCAAGCCUCUUGUCCUCAAAUCCACAUGUACAUCCAGGAUUACCCUAUCCCAGGUGGAGAAUCCUGCAAACGAACUUGUGUCAUUUCUAAUUGUUGGUAGUUGCCAAAAUCUCUAAUCUACCCACAUCUCUCUGCAGAGCCUCUCUACCUUCAAGGGAAUCCACAACUUUUCCUAGUGUAGUAUCAUCACCACACCUACUUAAUGUGCAUUUGAUCCCUGCAUCCAGAUCUUUUAUAAAAAUGUUUUAGAGCACUGGUGCUGAAAUGGAGCCCUGAGGAACCUCUGGUCCCUGGCUGCCAGCCUGAUGUAGCAACAUUUACCAAAACCCUUUGAGCCCAACCCACCAGCCAGUUGCUCACACAGCCCAUUAUGGACUCAACUAGCUGUGUGCCAGGCAGUUUAUCCAGCAGGGUCCUGUGGCAGACAGUAACAAAAGCUCUGCUAAAAUAAAGAGCAGCCCACAUCUAGUGGGUUCCCUUGGUCACCUAGAUGGGUUACUUUGACAUAAAAGAAUAUUAAAUUGGUCAAACAGGAUGUUUCCCUUGUGAACAUGUGCUAGCUGUGAACAAUGACUGCAUUAUCUCUCAAACAUUUUUCAGUAACUCCCAGAAAAACCUUUCCUAUAAUUUUACCACGUCCUGCAGUGAAAAUUAUAGGCCUAUAACUUCCAGAGAUUUCUUUUUACCUUUCUUGAAAACUGGGACAAACUUCCAGAUUCCAGCUGACUGGGACAUCUCCAGACUCACAGGACAAAUGAAAUGACACAAUGCAGAGAGGUCCUUCAUCAGCCAAUUCUUCCAUGGAAAGAAUCCUAUCCAGCCUCAUAUACCUGUGUAUGCAUCCAACUGAAACAGCAAGUCUCAGACAAUUUCAGGACUGCCUGGGAAAUCUAUCAUUGCCCAAGUGACAGCCUUCCAACAAAGGCCUCCAAGGAUCCCAGCUCAUCAUUGGUCUUGAAGACAUAUGGCAAAGGUGUCAUCAUUUUAUUUGGACCUCAUUAAACGAUGGACCAAUGUUAUCUCUGGUCCUUUUUUUGCUGUCAGCAUAUAAAACCCAAAAAACCUUUUUUGCUUUCCUUCACAGCUUGUCCUGGACAGCUUGAAUUCUAUCGGAGUUUGGGUCACCCAAAUUUUCUCUCCACAGAAAUGAGCAGCAUCUCUGUAACCCUCCCAUGUCACCUUGCUUCCAGUGUUCAUAUGCUUUCCUUCUCCUUCUAAGCACACUGCUCAGCCAAGUCAACCUUCUGCCCCAUUGGCUUGGCUUUCAACACAUUGUGUUUGGCUGCUCUUGCUCUUAAAAAAGAGUUCUUGGGAAGGGAUAAGCAUGUAACUCAAAUAACUUAACCAAAAAAAAGUUCCCAAGGGACUUCACGAACUAGUUCUUUAAGCAGCCCAUAGUUUUCUCUUCCCCAUACAAAAAGACAAGGAAUUCUUACUAUGACAUUUAUGAAGAAAAGAAGCACACUGAAUAAUACAGAUAAGGGGGAAAAGUGGUUCCUUUCUAGUCACUUCAUUUUCCUAUGUAUCUACACUGAGAAUCUAGCACCUCAGAAUCAACUCCCACCAGAAAAUAAAGAACAUAUAUUAAACUAUUUUAUUUUAGCUGUUUUGUCUGUUAGAGACAAGUUUGAGCAGAGUGCAGCAGGUGCCCCAGAAUUCUAUUCCCAAGAAUAUUUAGGUCAAAAGAUUAGUCUGAGCAGAACAAAGCUAGUGAUCUUCCCUGCUUUGCUUAGUAAUGAUGUCCAAGAUGUGAGUCCAUGUACAUGAGGAGCUGGUGCCUGACAGUCAUGAAGUUCACCCUGUAGAAGCUCCUGCUGCUGCAGUAUGGCAUAAGAAAUAAUCUCUUGAAUAGUGAGCAAUAAAUCUUACUGGAUAUCUCUCAGAAGAGGCCAGAAAGCCUGGCAAAAAGCAAAAUUAAAUGUUACAGCAGAGACUGGCAUGAGGAAUAUGGUUAUAGUCUAUCCUGGAUCUUGAUUAAGAAAUAUUCAAGAAUUUUCGGUGCUAAAAUGAUGGCAUUGUGAACUACUUUUUUCUUGCAUUUGAAUUAGUUUUCUUAGGAGAAAGAAACAGCCUCAAAACUUGACAUGAAUUUGCAUUAAGGUUGCUCUACAAAGGAGUCACCAUGAAAUGGUUUAAUGCUCAAGGCAAGCUUCAAACCUGGUUGGUAUCUCUAAAGAGAUAUUAAUAGGGGCCUUGCAUCUUUUGCAGCAAGAAAGAGAACUGGCAGGGGAGACCAAUUCACUUUCAAGCAGAGUUAAAUAUGAGUUACAAAUAAUUCAGGCCUUAAACAGUGUGACUCGAAACCUUGAACAGUUUAGUGUGAUCCACUCAGUAGAAUACAGACUGAGACCAAAAGUAUUGCAAAAUGCUCAGCUAUGGCAUCUUCCAUUUUGUCAAGAAUUAGUAAAAAUAAAUACAAAAGCUACAACUGAAGGUAAGGAAACAGGAAAGAAGAAGGAGAUAUUCUCAUAGCAGCAGCAAUUGCUUCACAUAGGACACCAUCAAAACAACAGUAUUGGGAUCUGAAGAUGCAAGAAAAUGAGACCAAUGUAGAAGAACAGGAAUUUGAGGACAAUAAAGUGAAAACACUGCUGCAGUGCUCUGGGAUACACUGUCCCAGUAGCCUGUGUGAAAGGGAGCGGGAAGCCUUCCAGACCAGUAAGGGUGUUGCCAAAGCUAGCCGUUUUUCAGUGCCUUGUCUCUUCCUGCACCAGCCUGGACACAGGUGGAAUAAUGAGCUGCUGCUUAGGAGUCACAAGUCAGGUGCUAAGAGCAUGCACAAGGAGUGCAUUUUGUUGAGUGCAUCCCCUGCUUUACAGGAACUCCAGCUUAGCUGAAGUGCUCUCAGUGACAAAGGGAAGUAACCUGGUUUUUGGGAUGCUCAUUAUUACAGGAAUCUCUGGUGCCAGCUCAACCACAGCUGAAGACGAAACCUCCAUCCAAACACAGGGAAAGCAUUUCUCCUGCUAGUUACACACUGAAGCUUUAUACUAAUCUAACACUAUCUGCAAAAGAAAUAAGAGUGUCUUUAUGCUGUUUAUGCUGUUUAUGAGUUUGAAGCUGGAAACCCCUUCACACCCCCGUCCUUUGCUUCCACUGUGCAUUAGACCUGCACUUCCACUGUGCAUCCAAAAUUUCAGGCACAGACUGAAAUAUUCCUUAGCUCUUACUCAAAUGGAAGUGUUCUAACUGUGAAUAAAAUGAAAUUACUUUUAUUUGCUCACCUUUUUGAAAAUAUUUUAAGAGCUACUCCAGUGAGUUCCUACCCUUUAUCUGCGUAUCAAUUAUUAAUUAUUUUCAUUAAAGAAAACCGAGCCAUGCUAUGCUCAUGGGGAUGAAAGAAAUAUGCAAUGCUCUCUUUCUCUCUGCCCCUCAUACAUUUUUAUUUGAGAUUAUUUUUAAUCCAUAGGAUUAAAAUAGGAAUUUUAAUAGGAAAUAGGAAAAUGUGUGGGUUUUAUUAGCAAUAAAACUUUAGGGGAUUUCCCCCCCUACUGAUUUUUCAUAGUUUUAUGGAUCCAUAAUCACUCACGUCACAGCUUAAGGGAAACGAGGCUUGAACAGGAUAAUAGCCCUUAAAUCCCCUCCUCUAAGCACUCAGAUCUUUGCUGUCAGCAAGAUUAAAACGGUCAACAGCAGUCUUCAUGUGUCUAUAUCCCACACAGGUCUUUCACAACAACUGGAGUGGUGGCUGGCAGGGAGAAAUAUGCAGAACCACUGCUGCGCAUGAUACUUCUGAGAAAAAGAGAUUAGAAAACCAGGUUGUCGGUUUUUGCAGUGUUGAAAAGGACUGGUGUUAACUGCUUGAUCAGGUGAAUUAAAAGAGGGCAGAAGAGUAAGGACUAAUAUUAUGUUGCAGUUUAACAGGCAGCAAGAGUUUCCUUUCCUAAAACAUAAAGGCAGAGAGAUGGAAGUACCAAACAUCCUCCUGCAGCCCAGCAAGGGGAAGGAAAAGGAAGUCGUUCCUGUAGACAAGCAGAGCAGCUCCUCUGCCACCACUCCCUUGAAUGCCCAGACCCUACUGCAACUAGGACCUGAGGGGAAUUACAACUAUUAUGUGGAUGAUGAAGAUGAGGAAGAUGAAGAGAAAGAACAAGAAACAUGGCCACAUGAAGAUGCAUUUAAAGGAGAAGGCAAGGCCUCAUCAUUUAUUCCUUGUUCCCCUGCUCUUUCCCCAAGAACCCCAGCCACAGCAUCUGCUCCAUCUGUGCUGAACAUCAAUGUCGGUGGCCAAAGUUACCGCCUCACCUACCAGGCAGUGGCCAUCUAUCCCAAGACCCGCCUGGGCCGCCUGGCUACCUCCACUGACCGCCGUUGCCAGCUGGGCCUGUGCGAUGACUAUGCUGCCCAGGUCGAUGAGUAUUUCUUUGACCGGGACCCAGCUGUCUUCCAGCUGGUGUACAACUUCUAUGCCUCAGGGGUGCUGCGGGUGAGGGACGAGCUGUGCCCCCGCAGCUUCCUGGAGGAGCUGAGCUACUGGGGUGUGCGUCUCAAAUACACACCCCGCUGCUGCCGCAUCUGCUUCGAGGAGCGCCGGGACGAGCUCAGUGAGCAGCUGAAGGUCCAGCGGGAGCUGCGCUCCCAGGCAGAGGCUGAGGAGAAUGAGCAGCUCUUCCACCACAUGCGCUACUAUGGCCCCCAGCGCUGGCGCCUCUGGAACCUCAUGGAGAAACCCUUCUCCUCUGUCACUGCCAAAGUGAUGGCAGUGGCUUCCAGCUUCUUCGUGCUCAUCUCUGUGGUGGCCCUGGCACUCAACACAGUAGAGGAGAUGCAGCAGGUAGACUGGAAGAGUGGGGAUAGCCGGCCUGUCUUGGAGCACGUUGAGACCUUGUGCAUUGCAUUCUUCACACUGGAGUACCUGCUGCGCUUGGUCUCAACCCCAGACCUGCGCCGCUUUGCCAGCAGUGCCCUCAAUGCUGUAGACCUCAUUGCCAUCCUGCCCCUCUAUCUGCAGCUGCUGCUUGAAUGCUUUACUGAUGAUGACCAACCCCGGGGUCGGGGCUCCCAACAUGAGCAUGAUAUUGAGAAGGUGGGACGGGUGAGCAAGGUAGGACAAGUGCUUCGCAUCAUGCGCCUCAUGCGCAUCUUCCGCAUCCUCAAGCUGGCCCGCCACUCCACGGGGCUGCGUGCCUUUGGCUUCACGUUGCGCCAGUGCUACCAGCAGGUGGGCUGCCUUCUGCUCUUCAUUGCUAUGGGCAUCUUUGCCUUCUCUGCCAUGGUCUACACAGUGGAGCACGAUGUCUCCAGUACCAACUUCACCAGCAUUCCCCAUGCUUGGUGGUGGGCUGCUGUCAGCAUCUCUACAGUGGGAUAUGGAGAUAUGUGUCCAGAAACUCACCUUGGACGCCUGUUUGCUUUCCUCUGCAUUGCUUUUGGAAUAAUCCUGAAUGGCAUGCCCAUCUCCAUCCUCUACAAUAAAUUCUCAGACUAUUACAGCAAGCUGAAGGCCUACGAGUACACUGCUCUCAAGAAAGAAAGAGGGAAGGUCGACUUCACACGGAGAGCCAUGAGGAAAAUAUCUGAGUGCUGUGGAGAGGGUGCAUCUCACCCUUUGUCACAGCAAUGACAGCUUGUGCUUUGGAUACUGGGGAGCAACCAAGA